AUGGAAUUGAUGCAGGGCUAUGCAAAAGAUGAGGGCGUAUUAGGCGUGGACAGCCUCAAUCGCUCGUCUUCCGGUUCCACUGCACUAGACUUCUUAUCAACUACUACUUCUGCCAAUUCAGUGGAUGAGCUCAGAAAGCACCCUCUUGUCACGAAGACGAGUCCGUCUAUAAAAGAGCUAAUGUGGCUAGCUUGGUUUGCGCUCUAUUCCGCACGCACUUUCUGGUACUAUAGUCCUUCGUUAGAUGAGGUUGAAUAA